UAGUACAACCAGGAGGAAGGAGGAGAGAGAUCCUUUCCAUUGAAGAACGCUUCCUGAGUGGGCGCCCCCAGCCCUCUGCUGCUUGGAACUCAUUGGCCAGAACUCAGUCAGAUGAAGCAGCUCGCUGGGGAGGCUGAGUAAUGCUGUCUGGGUUCCGAGAACCCUGGGGAGUUGAGUGUCAGUUUUCUUACCAUGGAAGAAGGGAAGAGUAGACUUCAGGAAUGGCCUCACUCACUCUCCACAGGAGAAUCCCAGCCAGCGAACAACAUCACAUCUCUUCUCCAGCCCCCCUCCAACUCAGCCCUCCAGGACCUCAGAAUGGAACUGUGUUUGGAGACAGGACCUUUAAAAUGAUCUCUCGUCUGCUCCAUCCACCCGGGAUACCUGGCAUUUGAAGAGAGCCAUCGCUUGAGAGUCUACGGAUGACUUUCCGCUGUGACACAGGAGAGUCUCUUUGCUGCAUGGACACAGUGUCUAUUGGCACUACUGCUUUCUGAUUUAUUUUCUCUCUUUGAGCCGGGUCUUGCCCCGCUCCGCUGUCAUGAUGGCCCAAUCCAAAGCCAACGGCUCACACUACGCACUGACGGCCAUCGGCCUGGGGAUGCUGGUCCUCGGGGUCAUCAUGGCCAUGUGGAACCUGGUUCCUGGUUUCAGCCCUGCGGAUAAGCCAACGUCUCAGGGCAACAAGACAGAGGGAGGUGGUGGCAUCCUCAAGAGCAAGACGUUUUCAGUGGCGUACGUGCUGGUCGGGGCUGGCAUGAUGCUGCUGCUGCUAGCCAUCUGCCUGAGCAUCCGGGACAAAAGGAGGAUGCGGCAGAGUGAGGAGCUGGCUCGAAUUCAGCAGCAGGCAGGAACCGUGCCCCACUCCCAAGAAGAAGACAGCCAGGAGGAAGAGGAGGAUGUCUCCUCACGGUACUACGUACCGAGCUACGAGGAAGUGAUGAACACGGGCUACCCGGAAACCAGGGGGCAGGAGCAGAACCCAAGACUGAGCAUUUCUCUCCCCUCCUAUGAGUCGCUAACGGGGCUGGACGAGGCAACCCCCACCAGCACCAGGGCGGAGACAGAGACCAGCCCAGGGCAUGCUCCGGACAGGCAAAACUCCAAGCUGGCCAAACGCCUGAAGCCACUCAAAGUUCGAAGGAUUAAAUCCGAAAAGCUUCACCUCAAAGACUUCAGGAUCACCCUACCGGACAAGAACGUUCCUCCUCCCUCUAUCGAGCCUUUGACUCCUCCGCCCCUGUACGAUGAGGUCCAGGCAAAGGCGCCCGAUGCCCGGCCACCCGACUGAAGGACUCUCUGACUACACUCCCUCCUGUCUCACCCUCCACACCAACAGACUUCGCCAAAGCCACUUCAGCCCCAGUCGAGGGGUCAAGGCACACUUAGCCACUGUGAUGGGGAUUGUGGGUAGAGGGAGAGAACGGUUCACAGAGCCCCGCAGAGUAGGGGCAUCAGAAGGAUGCUGGGAGUUUAUGAUGCUCUGAACCAUAGCAAGGGGUGUGGCCUUGGCAUCCCCGGCAUCUUUCUCUCCCACUUGGGAUCAUUGCCCACACACCCCUCUCCUAAGCUGGGACACGAUCCCUAGUGACUCGUUUAGACCGAGGUCGUCUCCUUUCGCUUCGACCACAGUUGCUGCGUUUCAAAAAGAAACCGUGUUUUGUGCUUGCUUUCUUCACUGGAGCCUUGAACCAGUGGAGAACGUGGUUCUGCCUUGGCCAAAAGGACCUGGAAUUGUCUUGUGAAUAAAAUGAUGGCCGUGUGGGGGUGAGCUGUGGGGGAGGUCCCUAGGGGCCCCAAGUGCUGCUGGUUCUUUGAAGGUCUAAGGCCUGAUGACCUUCAGCGUGCGACACAGAAGGUGAUUGUCCGGUUCGGUACACUGGUUUCCUGUGGGUAACGAAAGGCAAGAGAGGAAGUCGCUGCUCCAUGCCUUCUCAAACGCCAUGCAGUUGGGCAUUUUAUAAUAAAGUGUUUUAUAUGUAGCACA